GAUUUUUUGUUGUGCGUGUGUAAGCGUGUGAUGUUGAGUGCAGUGUGGGGUUGGCUUUAGCCCACAGAGGAGUGGGAGCCUCCACUCUGGUUGGCUCUCACUCGGCUAACUCCAUUUUGGAACAACAGCUGUUGGAAGACACAACCUUUCGCCGUUGUUUGCUGACGGUACCGAAGGGAAGACGUCGGGGUUGUUUUUUUUACACUGCUUCGCCACCUUUCUUCGCUUUCGUCCGACUUCGGCCAGCUUCGUAUUUUGUUCCAGCGCCAGGAAACUUAACCAGGGAUCCAUGGUGUUAAAUCUCAAUUGUAACAAGUGGAUGAGAGGAACCGAGCGGAUCAAGGUGUAAUGAGAACGCUGGUCAUGGACAGAUGAUGGACGUGGAGGCGUCGUACUCCGAUUUCAUCAACUGUGAUCGCAGCGGCCGUAGGAAUGCAGUGCCAGACAUCGCAGGCGAGGAGAAAGUAGCAGCCAGCACCAGUGACGUCACUAAAGACUUGGCAGGGAUGGAGCUGAAGGAUGCAGGGGAGCCUGGGGCCUCUCCAGCCCCUGAGGCUGAGGGCUCCACCAGUGAAGAUGCCCAAGGAGGCGAAGGUCCGUCCUAAAAUGUGCCACACACUGAAGGUGGGCCAGAGGCAAAGAGACAGCAGUAGAGAGUGGAGGGAGAUGGAGGCAGCAUCUCUCACCGAUGGCUUGUUAGGAGCCUGCCGGCACCAGUUGCAUGGGAUGGUAUGAUUACAACCAGUAAGAAGUAGAACUGCUUCUCUUCUGCUUUGGACUCUGUUAGUCCCUUUAUAUUCCUGAUAGGACAAGAAAGCAAAGACACUUUGGAUUUAUGUGAAGACUGAGCGGACACCAUUUUGAUUGGUCGAAACAUUUUCCCAGCCUAAUGUGGAGCUCUAUCAUGGAGGGUGACCUCAUAACCAUCUGUCAUUUUCUUUCUCUCUAUGUGUUUGUGACCCUCUCGAACUGUUGCAUUAUCGAGUGUCGCCAGUUUUUAGUAUGAAACCUAGUCGCCAUUAUACCAUCGUGUAUGGACUUGGUAUUUAUUGCUAAAUGUUCAGUGAUAACUUUGUGAUAGCGACUUUUCUUUAUGUAAUAAAAUACUUAUGACUCUA